CACAACCUUUGCACUCCGUAUCCAACCCUCUCCUCCGCCCGUUGCGACCUUCGCUACCUUCGCUCUUUGAAGCGCGACGCAAGCUACUCUCCGCGCAUCCACUUGAUGCAAGCCUCCGCCGCUCAAGCCAUCCGUGCGCCCUCCGCAUUCCGCAGCUCCGCGCCAUCGCAACAGGCACCCGUUCGCAAUCGCAGUCGGUCUUUCAAUUAGCGCCGGCUCGUCCGGUCACCCACUCGAGGACACAUGGUCCCUGUUCGCUGAUCCUCGGUCAAACGCCCCACAUAUCGAUUGAAUGCCUCCGGUCCUGAAUCCCUUCUUGCGGGCCUUCUUCCGUAGCACUCUCCCUAGCCAGUGCUCGCCAGUCCAGCACCAUGUCCUCCUCGUCCCAACCACCGAAGUCCUCCUCACCUCCCGUGAUCGCGACACAAACGCCUCGUACGCUGACCUCAGCGGCUCCGAAGAGUUUCUGGCCAGCCAUGUCCUGCGGGUGCCGGGCGGAGUGGGCCCCAACAACCACGUCAAGGAUGGCUCAACCUUUAGGGAGAACCGGGGGAAGGCAAAGCAGUUCUCGACAGCGAACGGCCGGACGGUGAUAAUUAAGGAUGCCUUCGUCUACAGCAACAAAGGAUUCAAGACACUGAACCAAGCCCAGCUGUUGAACGAUACCAUCUUCUACCCCGACGCCUUCGAAGCCCAGCCGUGGCUCGUAUACUUCAUUUCGCGCCCGCUCAUAGGGACCUAUGAAGCGACGCCGAUCACACCUGCCUUACUCCCAGGCUCCACUAAUGGCCACCCUACAAAUCAUGCUAGAGCUGGUUCAUCGGGCGGGGCAACCGCAUCUAUGCCGCGGAAGAAGGAGGUCAAGUCUUUCGGGGACCUAUUGAACCACUUUCCCAUGAUCGCGCGGCAGAUGCAGCCAGGGUUAGACAGAUUAUUCACGGAGUUUAAGAAGGAGCUUGAGAAACCUCUCCCACCUACGCCAGCACAGAAGUCGUCACGGCGAUCCUCUUUAGGUUCUCGGAGGCGAGGUUCUUUCUCGUCAUCAGAGAGCAUGCCCGUCUCGUUUCACAGUAGCAUUUCCGGUCCGAAUGGUUUCAUCUCGACGCUCGAAAUUGACGAUGAGGAAGACCUGAUGCGGCGGUCUCUAGAAACGGCAGUGACCGCUGCUAUAGAUCUCUUCCAAAUGGUGGACAAGCAGCAGCUUUCACUACUUGGCGCGACCACGGACCUGACUGGACCUAUCGUCGAGCGUCUAAUCGAACGGUACAUAACGGAGCAGCUGCAUGAAACGUUGUUCCCUCGAAUGCGGCACAUUCGGCGGUUUGACGACGCUGAACUCGAAGCUAGGAUGCGGCAGAUGGUGGAUGUGGAUAUCUCCCAGGUCGGCAUCGAUAUUGGCCACGGGCGAAAAGGCAAACACGAGCUUUCCAUACGGCUAUCCAAGGCAGUUGAAAUCUUCAAGAAGAUGGGCGUGGCGGGAAGCCCGCAAGAAAUGGUGGAGAUACUGCUCGCGGUUCAGAAGCACAUCACCCAGCCCGACGCAUCGCCGAAUACAAACGGUACAAAGGCGAAAUCGGACGUCAACGGUGUUAAUGGGGAAUCCUUGUCGGAGAAACAUGAUCCUCUGCUCACCAUCAAUGCCGAUACUCUCGUUUCUCUGCUCCUCAUUGUCGUCAUCCGGUCGCCGAUCCGAAAUCUCCAGGCGCGUUUAUCUUACAUGCGGCAUUUCAUCUUCAUCGACGACGUGGAGAGCGGCGAGAUGGGGUAUGCGUUGAGUACGUUCGAAGCUGUGUUAUCAUACCUGGCCAGAGACUCCGGAGGCCUGCGAAAAGCCAGCCGACGCAAUAGGACGCUUUGGAAAGCGACCAAGUCGGGUGACAUUGCGACGAUGCAAGGUGUCCUUGAACCAGAUAGGUCAUUCCAUGAACUCGAAGAUGAACAAGACCUAAGUGACGAUGAUCACCAUGACCCUCGACCUGUCAGAUUUGCGAGCUUUUCGGACCUGUCAUCCUUCGGUGGAACGACUAUCAAUGGCGAUAUUGAACCGAAGCGCAGGCGUAGAAGUCCCCUUCGUAGCAAGCAUAGAGGCGAGGAUGGCCCGCUGGCCCACAUCUUUCCCUUUCAAAGAGCGCCGACGCCUCCUCCUGCGGAUCGUCCAAAGGCAAAGAAGAGGGUGUCUAUGGAUACCCGGAGCAUGUCUAGCUCCUCCGCAUUCUCCUUUAGGUCACGUACCACUCUCGACUCCCGCGCCAGCGGGCUUGAAGGCGACACGUCCAUCGAGAAAUUGACUAAGACUCAAGGAUUUGAGGGCGAAUCUGUCUUGAUGAUGGCCGUGGAGAACAAACAAGAAAAGGCCCUGCAAUACUUGCUUAGCCUCUCCGAAUAUUAUUCCUUGGACUUUGUCCUGGAGGACUGCAACAAUGAUGGCACCACGUUGCUGAGUGCCGCAAUCCAAUCUGCUCACGCGAAGACUACGGAUGCUCUACUGGAUUAUAUCAUUGAGAGCAGUCCGAAUGAAGAGACCGUACGACAAUAUUUCGCGAAGCAGGAUUCAAAAGGUAGAUGCAUGGCGCAUUAUCUCUUCAAUCAGCCUCGCCUCAUCGACCGGAUUGGGCAUCUUGUGCCAUGGCGGCUGAAGGACAAAAACGGCCAGACUCCAGUAUUUGCUCUUUGCAGGUCAUAUGAUCACGACCAGUACCGCGACAUGGUAGACAAAGCCCUCUUGGCCGCAACACAAGCUCAAGAUGACGACCAGCCAUUGCACCUCGACGAGCACAUUGACAACAAGGGGAAUAGCCUGCUCCACAUCAUUACUGAUCCCCAGAUCGCUGUCAAGCUUCUCUAUCGUUGCGAUUCCGAUGUGAACGCGGCGAACGAUAAGCACUUCACUCCUCUGAUGGUGGCCAGCAAAUACGGUCGCACCGAUCUGGUCCGUGUGCUCUUCCAGGAUCCGAGAGUUGAUCUGUCUGUCAAGGAUGUGCGAGGACUUACCGCCGUAGAACUUGCCAAGGACGACGAAGUUCGGAAUCGGAUAGAUGACCUGGUGCUUCUCUCUAACGAGCCGGGUCCUGAUGGCCGGACAACUACCGUCGUCCGGUCUUUCUUCGUCGAAGAUGGGACGAUUAGGCUCGUCUUGAAAUCCGGCGCCCCUAAUGGUAAUUCCACAAUCACGGUUACAACCUGCCGUCGCUCGCUGCAGGACUUCGAAUGCCUGGCGAGAUGGCUUGCCCAAGAGCAUCCCGCAUCCUGGCUCCCAGUCAUCAACAAUCUUGCUUCGCCCUUUUUGAUACCAUCACGACCUUCACGCUCGAUACUGCGCGACAUCCAGCUUCGACUGGACGCUUUCCUGAAGAUACUACUGAAGCAUCCCACUUUCUCCACCCACGAGAUGGUAUGGGAGUUCUUCCUAGUCCCCGAUAUCGAUUCUUCUAUGCUCGCCGAGCGAUCAGCCCGCAAAGCUGAGCUUCGAGUAGAACGCGUGCGAGAUGAGUAUGCUCCUGUAUACGACGUCCGCGAAGUCGAGCUUUUCGUCCAGCACGCACGCGAGUCAGUGCGCUCAUUGCACCAUGCUUCGAAGUCGGUUCUUCGCAGGACGAAUAAGCUACGCUCCGUGUCCUCCGAUCUCACCGACGCUGCAAGGCUCGCCAAUACCGCUAUCCAUUCGCUGAACUUCUUACCGGAGAAGCACCUCAAAGCCACGGAGCGGUACACCAAGACCUUAACGCAAAGCGAGGCGAGCCCUCUAGCAGGCUUCUACUACAACAUGCACGCCAUCUCCAGCACCAUCAAUGCCAUCUUGACCGCACUCAACCGCCCCUCUACCCUUAUCAACGCUAUGUCGACGACACAAAAAGCGGUAGAUCGCCACCACUUGUCCAUUCGGCGAUCCGAUCGAUGGCCGCUAGGCCUCCUCGAUGAUGCUCGAUCCCGUAUGCAGCGCGACGCGCAGGAGAAAAUGGAUCGAGCAACUGAAGAGCUUGCGGGCCUGGGCAAAGAGCUUAGAUAUACACAGCAAGUUGUCGCAGGGGAGCUGGCCAGCUGGCAAGAGAAUCGAGUGGAUAUGGGGAGGAAGGCAUUGAAAGAGUUGGCGAGGAAGAUGGUGGUCACUGAACGGGCAAGGCUCGAGAGCAUGAAGCGCGCUGUUAGGCAUUUGGGUCUUGGUGGAAGCAAGUCCAAGCAGCCCGGCGCGGCGAGCUCCUCCGAAAGCUCGGCGUAUGCGCAGGAUAUGACAGUGCCUGAAGCCUUAGUCGAUAAUGGAAGGAUAGAAGACGUUACCGAUGAGGUCAACGAUGUCCCAGUGGAAAAUGGGGACCAGGGAGUCGUCAACGGGGACGUAGAAGCAUCGGAGGACCAGCCCUUACUACUAGUAGUCGACGACCCACCUCUGGUAGAGCCUCCAUUUGACGCUGGGUCGGAAGAAGCCGAGUCAGAAAGAUGAGCAUUUUGGAUAGCACUUUUACUUUUUCUUGUCGAUACUUUGGCAGUCUGCUUUUGCAUAGAAGAAGGUUUGCGGGGAGGAAUAUACCACGGGCGCCUUUCUUCUUUGGAUUACACCUUUAGCGACGGCGCUUAUAGUAAUAUUAGUUUUCCUUCUGCCAUUUUAGCGUUCAUGCUCUUUUUUUGGUGAAUAUGGAAACUCCGUGGGGAUGUCGCAUGGGCGGGUAGUAUAGAUGAGCGUAGUAAGAAUCUUU